AUGAGUUGUCAGAUCACGUGCAAGUCUCGAAGAGGAGGAGGCGGAGGAGGAGGAGGCAGAUUCCGGGGCUUCAGCAGUGGUUCAGCUGUGGUCUCUGGAGGGAGCCGGAGAUCAACCAGCGGUUUCUCCUGCUUGAGCCGCCAUGGUGGUGGCAGAGGAGGCUCUUGUGGAGGUGGCUUUGGCAGUCAGAGUCUUGUCGGCCUUGGAGGGUACAAGAGCAUCUCUACUAGCGUGGCUGGCUACGGUGGUGGAUUUGGUGGCAGAGGUGGCAGUGGCUUUGGAGGCGGCAGCAGCUUUGGAGGCAGCGGUGGCUUCGGAGGUGGCUCUGGUUUUGGAGGAAGCAGAGGAUUUGGAGGCGGUGGCUUCGGAGGUGGCUUCGGAGGUGGCAGUGGCUUUGGAGGUGGCAGUGGCUUCGGAGGAGGCAGUGGCUUUGGAGGAGGCAGUGGAUUCGGUGGAGGCGGCUUUGGCGGAGGCCGCUUUGGAGGCGGCGGCGGGGGCUUUGGAGGCUUUGGGGGGCCUGGAGGAUUCCCUGGUGGAGGCAUCCACGAAGUGUCCGUCAAUCAGAGCCUCUUGCAGCCUCUUGAUGUCAAAGUAGACCCAGAGAUCCAGAACGUGAAGUCUCAGGAACGGGAACAGAUCAAAACUCUCAACAACAAAUUUGCCUCUUUCAUUGACAAGGUUCGGUUCCUGGAGCAGCAGAACCAGGUGUUGCAGACCAAAUGGGAGCUUCUACAGCAGCUGGAUGUGGGCACCCGCUCCACCAACCUAGACCCCAUCUACCAGGCCUAUAUUAGCACGCUCAAGAAACAGGUGGAUAGGCUGUUUGCAGAAAAAACCUCGCAGGACUCAGAGUUGAACAACAUGCAGGAUCUUGUGGAAGACUUUAAGAAGAAGUACGAGGAUGAAAUCAACAAGCGCACAUCUGCGGAGAAUGAGUUUGUGACGAUUAAAAAGGAUGUGGACAGCUCCUACAUGGACAAGACCGAGCUACAGGCCAAGGUGGACUUACUGAUGCAGGAAGCUGAGUUCCUGAGAACACUCUAUGAUGUGGAACUGUCCCAGCUACAACAGACUGUCACUGACACCAAUGUCAUCCUGUCCAUGGACAACAACCGAAGCCUUGACCUGGACAGCAUCAUCUCUGAGGUUCAGAGUCAAUAUGAGAUCAUCGCCCAAAAGAGCAAGACCGAGUCAGAGGAGCUGUACCACAGCAAGUAUGAAGAACUCCAGGUCACUGCCGUGAAACAUGGGGACAGCUUGAAAGAGAUCAAGAUGGAGAUCAGCGAGCUGAACCGCACAAUCCAGAGGCUGCAAGGGGAGAUAUCCCACGUGAAAAAGCAGUGCAAGAGUGUGCAAGACUCCAUUGCAGAUGCGGAGCAGCGUGGAGAGCACGCCCUUAAAGACGCCAGGACCAAGCUCACUGACCUGGAGGAGGCCAUGCAGCAGGCCCGCGAGAACCUGACCCGGCUGCUGCGUGACUACCAGGAGCUCAUGAACACUAAACUGGCCCUGGAUGUGGAGAUUGCCACCUACCGCAAGCUGCUGGAGGGCGAGGAGUGCAGGAUGACUGGAGAAAUCAGUGACAACGUGUCUGUGUCCGUGACAAGCAGCACCAUUUCCUCAUCGGUGGCAUCCAAGGCUGGCUUUGGCUCCGGAGGAAGUUCUGGAGGAAGAGGGUCCUAUGGAGGAGGCAGCUCCUAUGGCUCUGGAGGCAGAGGCUCUGGAGGAGGCGGAUACAGCUCUGGAGGCGGCUCCAGGGGAGGUUCAGGCUCUGGAGGAGGUGGAUACAGCUCUGGAGGCGGCUCCAGGGGAGGUUCAGGCUCUGGAGGAGGCUCUAGGGGCGGGUCUGGAUCUGGGGGCGCAGUAUCUGGCUCUGAAAGGGGAGGCGCUGGUUCAGGGGAAAGCUGUGGCUCCGGGGUGACCUUCUCUUUUAGAUAGAGAUGGGUCUUCUCCCUACCCUUUGCUUCCAGAAUAUCAGCUGAAUCUCUGUAUCUCUUACUCAGAGCAACCCCAAUUUUUGUAAUCCAGCUCUGGUGACAUUUAUUCUAAGAGGGGGUGAUGAAAGAUCUCUCACAAACAGUUAGAGUCAGAGCCACACGCUGUGUUCUAGGAAUGAAUCUGUGUUGUCCAAGUGUGUCUCCAAGCCAUGUCCCACCCCUGGUCUGCUUGCACUGCCAUCUGGCAGUCAUUUCCAGAUGUGCUCUGCUGAGGACCGCAGGGUAGCCUCCCUCUUCCAUCCCCCAACAGUGGUCCGGGGAAACUAUGCUUCUGUGUACAUAGCCUCUUGAAUGGACUCUACUUUCUGAGGGCUGUGGUCUGGGUGUCUGCAUA